AUGAAAAAUUUGAGGUUUUCGCAUUCGCAACGACAUUUUUCAGCGGCAUCUUUACAUUUUUCUAAAAAAAAUAAAGCCGCUGAGCCUUUUUAUGCUUUACUAUCUCGAAAUUUCGAUAAAAUCCUUACUAGUACCAAUGUUCGUUCAAUAACAAUAAAAGGACGCUUAUAUAGUACGAGACCAGACAUUGCAGUAAAAAAAAGUAGCAAUGAACGUCCAAAAAUCACAAUUAACACUCUACGAACACUCUACAGCCAACGAGAACCAAUUACAAUGUUGACCGCAACAAAUUAUCCGUCCGCGGUAUUUGUCGAAAAAUCGGGCAUCGAAAUCUGCCUUGUCGGUGAUUCGUUGGCGAUGGUUGAAUUGGGCUACGAGUCUACAACUCAAAUUACUAUGGAUGAAAUGCUUCAUCAUUGUAAGGCUGCUGCUAGAGGCGCAAAAUCACCGUUUCUUGUGGCUGAUAUGCCUUUUGGAAGCUACGAAAUGGGAUCAUUAGAUGCGGUGAAAAAUGCAAUUCGGUUUAUUAAGGAAGGAAAUAUGGAGGCGGUAAAAUUAGAAGGUGGUAUCGAAAUUGCGGAGACUAUUCAAAAAAUCACCAGUAUCGGUAUUCCAGUCAUGGGUCAUUUGGGAUUAACCCCACAACGUCGAACAUCGUUAGGUGGAUUCCGCGUACAAGGAAAUACUGCAAAAAAAGCACUAAAAUUGCUCGAGGAUGCAAAAGCGCUUCAAGAAGCUGGUUGUUUCGCUCUAGUUCUCGAAGCUAUUCCCGAAAUAGUGGCUGCACAUACAACAAACAACUUAAAAAUACCAACUAUUGGGAUCGGGGCAGGUGUACAUACCAGCGGACAGGUUCUAGUUCAACAAGAUAUGCUUGGGAUUUUUGAUCGUUUCGUGCCUCGGUUCUGUAAACAGUAUGCAUCACUCGAUAAUACCAUCGUAGAAGCAUUGAGAUCUUAUCGAGAUGAAGUUAAGACUGGCGUUUUUCCCGCUAAAUCCAAUUGUUAUCCAAUGGCAGAAACUGAAUUGAAAAAAUUUAUGGAAUGCAAAGAAUUAUCGACAGAAAAUGUUUUAGAAGUGGUAGAAAAGGAUAUCUAUCUUGGAACACAAGCUGGUGCACAAUUCCAGUAA